AUGAACCACGGAUACGAUGAUGAUGAGGGUAUGAAUUGGGGUAGAUAUAUGGCGCCUCCACCAGAUGCUUUCGACGAAUAUUAUCGGGCGUACUCGGUAGCUGUCAUGUCUCAAAGAGACAGAAUAGAGCUGUUAUACGGUGGCAAAAUUAUCAUGCCAGCUUCUGCGCUUGCUAAGCUUUCUUCUUUGGAUAUACCAGGACCAUGGACUUUUCAACUUCGUAAUCCUCGACACAUGCCCGGUGUACUCGAAUUCAUUGCCGACGAGGGGAAUGUACAUCUGCCAGCAUGGAUGAUGAAAACCCUUCAACUAGAAGAGGGCGAUCCGAUUCGUUUGACUGGGGCCUCACUACCAAAGGGAAAGCUCGUCAAACUUCAGGCUCAGUCUACGGAUUUCCUUCAAGUAUCAGAUCCGCGAGCUGUACUCGAAUCUGCAUUACGUUUUUAUUCCACUCUUACCAAAGGCGACAUCAUCGAAAUCACGUACAACUCUCUCAUUUUCGAAUUUGCAGUACUCGAAACUCAACCCGAAGGUUCGGGAAUAUCCGUCAUCGAUACCGAUUUAGAAGUUGAUUUCGCCACUCCCCUCGGAUAUGUCGAACCUCCACGUGCCGCCCCGGUGCCUAUACCUACCAUGGCUGAGAAGUUGAAGAUAGACUUGAAUCAUACUACUUCAGCUAGUAGUAGUCGACCUGCGAGUUCUCUAGGGGGUACGGCCGGUAGUGGGGACUCUACACCAAGGGAAAGUUUCACCGGUGUGGGUCAAAGUUUGAGUGGGAAACGAAUCAAGGGAAAAGGUUUAACGAAGAAAAUUGAAGAAGCUGAAUCAAGUUCGAAACUUAGUCGGAAUGGUGGUGCAAAAAUUAUAACCCCCGAUUCAUUGAACGAUACCGAUCGUAAAGUCCCCGCUGCAUUGUUACUUCCCGCUGGCAAAUUCUUUUUUGGUUACAAAUACGUACCUUUCGAUGCUUCCAAAGCACCCAAACCAAAGGUUCCCGAACCAGAACCCGCCCAAGCGUUCAGUGGUGCCGGUCAAAGUCUACGGAACAAAGGAAAACACGGACCAAGCGUUGGGGAAUCAUCAAAUUCUGCACCCAAAGAUGAAAAACCUGAUCCUUGGGCUAAUCUAGGUUCGGGAAAUCAACUUCGAUCAGUAAAGACGACCAAUCAAGUUCCAUCUUCUGUCACUCCGAAUAAAACACAGACUACACGAUCUCAAGUCGAUCCGAUCGUUGUGGACGACGACGACGACUUUAUGUAUGAUGGACAAGAUUGGGACGAACAUGAAGUGAUCGAUGUGGAUUCUGACUGA